AUGUCGAGUUACGCCAAAUCUUCAUCCUGGACGUCUUUCUUGAAAUCGAUAACCUCUUUCAACGGGGAUUUGUCGACCCUAACGGCUCCUCCAUUCAUUUUGUCCCCAACAUCCCUUUCCGAGUAUUCGCAGUAUUGGGGCGAACACCCGGAUUUGUUUUUGGGUCCAAAUUUCAUCACCGAACCGGGUGCAGAUGGAACUAGCGUGGAGGAACUCCGUAUGUUGGCUGUGGUGAGGUGGUUCAUCUCCACUUUGAAGUCGCAAUACUGCUCCAGAAACGAAGCCAUGGGCACGGAGAAAAAGCCACUUAACCCAUUUUUAGGCGAGCUGUUUGUGGGGAAGUGGGAGAACAAGGAAAAUCCAGGUUUCGGGGAAACGAUUCUACUCAGUGAGCAAGUCUCCCAUCACCCGCCUGUUACCGCUUACACAAUUUUCAACGACAAAAAUAAGACAACAUUGCAAGGCUACAACCAGGUCAAGGCCUCAAUUUCCACGGCAUCGCUAAGCGUUAAGCAGUUUGGACACGCGUUGCUGGAAUUUGGAAACCUAGGCGAGCAGUAUCUAAUAACUUUGCCACCUUUACACAUCGAAGGAAUGCUUGUAGCUUCACCUUUUGUGGAGCUUGAAGGAAGAUCCUACAUUCAAGGUUCCAACGGUCUGUUGUGUGUGGUGGAGUUUACAGGCAGAGGUUACUUCUCGGGCAAGAAGAAUGCUUUUAAGGCUCGCAUAUUCCAAAACUCUUCGCACGCUGCUGAUAAAGAGAAGGCUCUGUACACCAUCAAGGGCCAGUGGUCCGGCGUUUCUACCAUAAACAAGGGCAAGUCGAAGAGCGAAGACCUAUUUUACGAUGCCUCAAAACUGAAGGCAGAGCAUUUGCGCGUCAAGCCAAUCGACCAGCAGAGCCCUCUUGAGAGCAGGAAAGCGUGGGAGAAGGUGGCUCUUGCGGUCCAAGGUGGCGAUUUCAACCAAAUUCACGAGGAGAAGUCUGCUCUGGAAAACGCUCAAAGAGAGUUACGCAAGCAAGAAUUGGCCGAGGGCUCCAAGUGGAACAGACGGUGGUUUGUUGACGAGGACUACUCCUCUGGUAUCUCCGAUGCCUUCACGAAACUCGCCGAGAAGUGCCAAUUAUCUAACAGAAACGUACCCAGCGGUACUUUGACGGGCGACAAAGACGACAAGAAAGCUACCACGGCCAUGCAUUGGCGGUUCAAACGGAAUCUGUGGGAUGAAGAGAAGGAAGUUGCGGUGUAA